AUGUGUGACCAGCAGCAGAAGCAGCCCUGCUUGCCACCCCAAGAAUGCUGCGUGAAAGGGUCUUCCUUUACCCCCUCCCCAUCCUUUGUCCCCAUUAAAGGCCAGGCCUCUGGUGAAGUACAAACUUUUCAGGCUUGCUCUGCAAAGGGUCAAGUUGUAAGCCAAUCUCAAACUUCAUCUACAAAAGGCCAGGUGCUAUGUCAAUCUAAUAUAUGUUCAGGACAGGGUCAAGCCCCAAGCCAGGCCCAGAUAUGCUAUGUCCAGUGCCAAGCCCCAUGCCAGGCUCAGGAAUCCUAUGUAGAACGCCAAGUUGUGCAUCCUGUUCAGGCCUCUUACGUACAAUGCUCUCCAGUUUGCUGUACAGAAACUUACUAUGUGCAAUGCCCAGCUCCAUGCCCUGUUGAGACCUAUGUGCCAGUGGCAGCUCCUCAGCCAGUUCAGACUUAUGUAGAAUGCUACCCUCAAUGCCAGACUCAGGGGUAUUAUAGCAGCAGUGUCCCUCAGGGCCAGUCUCAGGGGUAUUAUACCAGCUGCACUUCUCAACGUCAGUCUCAGUACUGUGGUGGUGGUGCCCUUCAGAACCAGUACCAAGGAUCUUACAGCAGCUGUUCCCCUCAAAAUCAGUAUCAGCGAUCCUACGAUAGAUGUCUGCCUGCUCGCUCCUUUCAGCCUUCUUACCAUAGCUGUUCUCCUCCACGCCGACCUCAGCCUUCCUAUGUCAGCUGUACCCCUCCACGCACGUCUCGGCCGGCCUAUCGGAGCUGUUCCCCUCCACGCAGAUCUCAGCCUAGUUACACUUACUGUACUCCUCCACGCGUAUCCCGGCCUAGGUAUCGGAGCUGCUCCCCUCCACGCAGAUCUCAGCCUAGCUAUACUUACUGUACUCCUCCACGCACGUCUCGGCCGGCCUAUCGGAGCUGCUCCCCUCCACGCAGAUCUCAGCCUAGUUACACUUACUGUACUACUCCACGCGUAUCCCGGCCUAGCCCUCCGCGCACGUCUCGGCCUGCCUAUCGGAGCUGCUCCCCUCCACGCAGGUCUCAGCCCACCUAUACUUACUGUACUCCUCCACGCCAAUCUCAGCCUUGCUAUGAUAGCUGCCCUCCUAGGGGUCCAGCUUCAGGGUCUCCCCAGAGAUGCGGUCCCAAACACCGGGUAGAAAUUUCCUCUCCCAACUGUCCUGCUCAGGUCCCCCCAAGAAAGCAGCCCGUUCAGAUCCCUCCCAUCAGACGCACUUGCCAGGGCUCUAGUACACGAUAUUCUUGGAGUGCUCCCUGCUUACAGCCACGUCCAUUCCAUGAUUCAUGUUCACCCCCAGAACGACGGCUGAGACCAUGCCCACUCCCAGCUCCACGCUCAUGCUGGCAACCGCGUCCUGAACCAUGCCCUGCACCCGAACCUGAGCUGUGUCCUACACCAUGGCCCCAGCCCUGUCCUGCACCACGGCCCGAGCCCUGUCCUUCACCACGGCCUGAGCCCUGUCCUUCACCACGGCCCUGUUUAGAGCCCUAUCCAGAGCCUUGCCCUCCUCCAGAGCCACUACAUAGGAAACCACGUGGCUCUAGCAGUCCUUGCAACUUCCCAAAACCAUGUCCGUGUCCACCUCCUUGUCCUUGUUCUCCUGGCUGCAAUGAAUCUGAGCCUCAUCACUUAGAUAUUGAACCACCCCUCUGUGGCUCUGCUGGAUACAAUGAGGAAGAGGUCUUUGGUUCUGUAGGAUGCUCAGAGCCAGGAGAUAUGAGUGGCUGUGGUACCAAAGGUGGGGCCUUCUCUGGAGUGAAGGGCUGCUAUUUCUAA